UUAUAGAUUUUCUACCUGUAAUUUUCUACUGUUGCGCCAUCAAGGACGUGGAUGGGGGCAGGUACACAAUCUGCCCAAGAGCUUAUUGAUGGUCCUGUUACAUUUUCAUUUUUCUCCAUGAAGGAUAUUCGAUUAUUAAUGUGUCAUUUUAGUUCCGAUUCGAUUUCGCACCUUCUUGAUUCUGUACUGGUUUCAAUGCCACCCAACUGUCCCCCAAAGUUCCGUCCCAAAGCGGAAUCUCCAGAAUAUCAGACCUGAUAUUUUGUUUUCCCUUGCGGAAUAACUAAACCUGUUUUCCAUCUCGCUUUCUCUAAUCGUCUUGCCAACUGUGAUUUCCCCCCUCAAACAACGUAGUCGAAGGCUUCUUCAUUGCACAUCUAGGUGUAUUCUAACAAACAACUUUGAAUAAAACGGACCUAAGAAAAAACAGCUUUUCAGCAGCACACAUUACCAAGGCAACUAUUGCAGACGGAAAUAUCAAACUUGAAACUAAAAAGGUGAACGAGAUUUAAAAAGGUUAGGUGGUGGAAACAAAAAGGAAAAAAAUUUGAGGCCCCUGCGGGAGAAAAACGCUGACCACGGCCCCCAAGGAAAACGCGGGCAAGCCCAUAAAGAAUCCACCAAUGAGAGCAGUUAGCUCCAGGUGUUUUAGUUUUGCAUCCGUCAACAUGAAGUCGCGACGGAGUUGGUCUGUGACAGCUUCUGACCUUGCCAGAAACACUUUUAACCCAAUCCGGACGGUGGUCGAAUCGAUGAAAUUGACGCCCAACCCUGAGAAACCCAUGAUCGCCUUAUCCAUUGGUGAUCCGACGAUAUUUGGAAACCUUUGCCCGUCGGAAGAGAUUGUCGAGGCCGUCGUCGAGAGUGUUCGCUCCAUGAAAUACAACGGCUAUGCUCCUAGCACAGGCUAUGAAGAAGCUCGCAAUGUCGUAGCUUCUUAUGUCUCAGUACCUGGAGCGACCGUUGAAGCUAAGGAUAUAAUCUUAUGUUCUGGCUGUUCUUGUGCCCUUGACUUGUGCAUUUCUGUAUUGGCAAAUCCGGGACAAAAUAUCCUUGUGCCUCGCCCGGGGUUCCCGCUCUACCGUACAUUGGCGGAAGGAUUGGGCAUUCGAACCAAGUUUUACGAUUUGAAGCCCGAGAACGGUUGGGAAGUGGACCUAGAACAGCUGGAAGCGCAAAUUGAUGACCAAACGGCUGCCAUAGUCCUUAACAAUCCAUCUAAUCCAUGCGGAUCCGUCUAUAGCCGUUCACACUUGAAUGCCAUUCUUCAAGUAGCAGCUCGUAAUUUUGUGCCCAUCAUCGCUGAUGAAAUUUACGAUUAUUUUGUAUUUCCGGGUCACGAGUUUCACCCUCUGGCCUCACUGACAAAUGAAGUUCCCAUUCUGACAUGCGGUGGGCUGACCAAAAGAUAUCUUAUACCUGGCUGGAGAAUGGGCUGGAUUGUUGUUCACGAUAGGAACGAGGCGCUUUCAUCGGAGGUCAGGAAAGGAUUGCAGAGUCUAAGCCAAAGGAUUAUCGGUAGUAGUACUAUUUUACAAGGUGCUCUGAGUCGUAUUUUGACGCAAACACCACCCGAAUUCUUCCAGUCAACUAUCGCGCAAGUUUACGAUAACGCUCGACUGGCGCAUCAACUGCUGUCUGGCUUGCCUGGAAUGAGACCAAUCAUGCCUUCCGGGGCAAUGUACAUGAUGGUCGGUGUAGACAUGACCAAUUUCCCCGAGUUUGAAAACGACUUGCAAUUUGUGGAACGUAUGGUUACAGAGGAGUCGGUAUUUUGUCUGCCCGGAAGAUGCUUUGACUAUCCCAAUUACUUCCGCAUCGUCCUAACUGUGCCUGAACUGCAAUUACGUGAAGCCUGCCAUCGUAUUAGCCAAUUUUGCACCGCUCACUAUGUCGCACCUCUCACCCUGGGCAAGGAGGAGCCACUUUCUAAUGGCCAUAUUCACCACGAGCUACACAACGGCAUCGUCACUGUUAUAGAGCCUUGACACAGGAGAAAAACAGAUGAUUUUGGAACUUAUUUUUAAUCAGUAGUCCCUACCAGUAGGCGUUUCUGUAUCGUGUUGGAGAAACCAGAAUUUUUUGCCGUUCUUUCUCGCCCGGUACAAUUUUUACACGGUUGCGGAAAAAUAACAGCUAUCCGUCGCUAGGACAGUGUUAUUUCCUUUAAGAAACGUAAGAAAAAACGAUUCAGUUUCACGAGAUAUUAAGGUUUUAAAUAAUAAUAAUAGCUACUAUUUUAUACCCUUGUCGACUAUGUACAUGUUACGAAAUGAAAAGCCAAUACAAUUUUUAAGACUAAA